ACACCACUGCACAAAAUGCUUUUCCUCCCAGCUGCUGCUCUGUGCUGUCUGUGUUCAGUGCUGGUUGCCAUGGCAGCAGAGCUGAAUCAGUACCAGUUAUCACUGACCAGGAGAGUUGGUCAACCAGUCUCCUUCAGCUGUGGAAUAACUGACCAGUGUAACUAUGAUUAUAUAUACUGGUACCAGAAGAAAGACACAGAAACAUUCAAAGUGAUUCUUGAUAUUGAUAAAACUAACGGCAACACAGACAAACGUUACAAUCAUCCUCAGAAAGAUGAUUUCACAUCUCAGAGAACACAGAACGGCUGGGACUUGAAGAUAGACACAGUUAAAUUCGAUCAUUCAGCCACCUACUACUGCUCCUGUGAGAAGUAUGAUUCCCACAGUGAGAAAGAGUCUCCAGCCAUGCAGCAGCUCUGUGAGGCUGCACUGAGACACAGUGGAGCUCUGAGCAGAAAUCUGAUACUGGUUCAUCAUCUGGACUCGUUCACCUCAGCUGACACAUUCAGCAGCAGACAGGUUUUUGUAUCAGUCUCUUUCACUGUGGGAGACAUGAUCUUUGGCUCAGGAACUAAACUGUAUGUAACAGGUGAGCAGGUAGUGAAGCCCGUGGUGAGUGUGUACCCAGCAGCCCCGAGCCACGUGGAGGGGAACAGCUCCCUGCUGUGUCUGGCCUCAGGUAUGUUUCCUCCUCUGGUCCAGUUCUCCUGGGAAAGACAGAGGGAGGACGGUCCUAAGGAGGAGCUGUCUUCUGCCUGGGGAGAGCAGCUGGAGCUCAGAGAGUCGGGACACUCCGCCGCCAUCUUACUGAUCCAUCAGCCAGAGGACAGCACGUAUAAAUACUACUGCUCCGUCAGGCACGAGGGGGGAACAGAGAAGGCCCAGACACAAGAGGUUCCAGCUCCAGCAGCCUCCUGUCCUCCAGAGAGAGAGCCAGCACACCUGGCAGCUCUGCAGCAAGCUGACAUGUCAGUGCUUCCCCUGGAUCCUCUCCAGCCUCAGUGCAGGGUGAAGCUGCUCUGUCUGCUGUACACAGUGCUGAUAGUGAAGAGUCUGCUGUACUGCUGUGGACUCUCUCUGCUGAUGGGCCUCACAAACAAGGGACCGUCCACCAACGGCCCACAUGCUGACUGACUGUUUUCUGCUCCUCUUUUCUCACCAUGGCUUCAUCUCAUUCAUCUCAUUGAUCACUGAUCACAAGUGCACAGUUUAGAUACAGUCGUCCUAAAUACACACACAUGUAUAUUUGCAGUCACUCACUGUCAAUUCUCUUUAUUUUCAUGCAUUUAUUUACAGUAUUUCUCACUUUCAUUCAGAAU